AUGUGGGUCUUGGGCACGCCCAGUUCUUCCCUCCCUCCUACCCCCGCUCAUCCCCCACUCCCUAUCAUCCCCUACCCAUCCCCCACCACCACAAACACACAGUCCACACUAUACUACACUCUGCAUCUGCAGGAGCCACACAGUGCCGUGGCUUCAGCCUUCGGGAGAGUACAAGAACAUUUUUUUUGUCGGUUUUCGUACAUCUUGUUUUUCACCAUUGUAUUUUUGCUCACUUUUUGUUUCUUUUUGUCCUCGUCCCCCUCUUUAUCCUCCUCCUCUUCCUCCUCUUUAUCCUCCUCCUCUUUCUCCUCUUUAUCCUCCUCCUCUUUCUCCUCUCUAUCCUCCUCUUCUUCGCUAUCCUCCUACUCCUCUAUAUCCUCCUACUCCUCUUUAUCCUCCUCUUCUUCCUCCUCUCUAUCCUACUCUUUCUCUUUAUCCUCCUCAUCUUCCUCUCUAUCCUCCUCCUCCUCUUUCUCUUUAUCCUCUUCCUCCUCCUCCUCCUCUCUAUCCUCCUCCUCUUUAUCCUCUCUAUCCUCCUCUUCCUCCUCUUCCUCCUCUCUAUCCUCCUCCUCCUCUUUAUCCUGCUCCUCCUCCUCAUUAUCCUCCUCAACUUCCUUCUCCUCCUCCUCCUCCUCCUCCUCCUCCUCCUCCUCCUCCUCCUCCUCCUCCUCCUCCUCUCAGCAUCUCUUGCGGAGUCGGUGUCUGAUUGAUCCAGACUGGCCAACGUUGUCUUUUGUUUCGGGCGCUCGCUUCCACAAUAGAGAUUUUGAACGGGGUUGGACCCGUGGGAAGAUAAAGAUGCAGUAUAGUAAUGCUUCUCGAAAUGAAUCUCUCCCUGUCUAG